GUGGUAGCUGAAUGAUUCUUUGUCAUAAGUAUAAUUAAACUGGGCAGAAUAUACACGUAUUUUGGACACACAUUAGCAGGAUAAAGGAUCCUGUCUACCGAAGACUAAGGUAAAGUGAUAACAGUUAUUUACAAUCCGACAUCCAGUUGUUAUCCAAACUUUGUGAUUCCAAAUAGAGACGUAAAGAAGAUAACUCGUGUAACCAGAACUUCAUCAUGGAUAAACUUCUCACUAAUUCUCUUUUGAAGUUGAAGAUAAACACUGUUAAUACAGACAACCACAUUUUCCGACUUCACUACAAACUGAUGACAGUUGUACUUCUGGCAUUUAGUGUUUGCGUCACUGCUUAUCAGUUUUUCGGACAACCUAUUUACUGUAUCCAAAAAGAUGACAUUCCUGAAAGGCUUGUGAAUACCUACUGCUGGAUAGAAGGUACUUUUACAGUUCCCAAAUCACUGAACAAGAAAACAGACCGAGAUGAUGGGUAUCCUGGUGUUGAACAGGCAGAACCAGACGACACGAUUGUAGAACAUGCGUACUAUCAAUGGGUUUGUUUUUUUCUUUUCUUUCAGGCUAUUUUGUUUUACAUACCACGUUUUAUAUGGAGAAUUUGGGAAGGUGGGAGAAUCAAGAAGCUUUGUUUAGAUCUGAAGAAUCCUGUUCUGAAGAAAGAAGAAAGCGAAACGAAACGAGAUAUGCUGGUAGACUACUUUGUUAAGACAAGGGACAACCACGGAUCGUACGCGUAUCGUCACUUUUUGUGUGAGAUCCUUAAUUUCGCAAACACUGUCGGCCAGAUGUUCUUAAUCGACUUAUUUCUGGGUCACGAAUUCACUAAUUAUGGUCCAGAAGUAGUAAAGUUUACUAUGACUGACCAGGAGGAACGAUUGGACCCCAUGAUUAGAGUGUUUCCUCGAAUGACAAAGUGUAGGUUUCAUAAGUUCGGCUCUUCCGGGAACGUCCAGACACACGAUGCUCUUUGUCUUCUUCCUCUAAACAUCGUAAAUGAAAAAAUCUUUGUUGUCUUAUGGUUUUGCUUUGUCAUUCUGGCUAUUUUGACAGGCUUGAACCUUAUCUAUCGUGUGAUUUGUAUAAUGUCUUCUGGAGCCAGAUAUAUGAUGAUUUGUUCCCUGAACAGCUUCUCUUCAAAAAAAGAGAUUGAAGAUAUGCUGAAGAAAUUAACUUUCGGCAACUAUUUCGUCCUCCAGCUCCUCUUCGUCAACGUCGAUCCCGUUCAUAUGAAAGAAAUAAUGACCAAGCUAGGGCCAAAGUUCUACUGA